GAUAAGAUCAUGUGCAACAAUUAAAUUGUAAGUUAAAAUUGUAAUAAUUAUUUUCAUAAACUCAAUUAUCAUUGUAUUAAAUAUGUCAGCUGGGAGACAAAACUGAUAGGAUCAGAAUAAAUACCAAUUAAAACAGAUUAACAGAUAAAGCCAUUCAAUAAUAGCCUACUCAACAGGUAAAUAAACAAAGGGGCCCCAAGCAUGUGGUCCUCUUCACACAGGUGACAAGAUUAAUCCAGGUAAUUAUGACCUAAUUACCUGUCCAGCACAGGGGCCCAGUGACCCAGCAGGUGGGGUGUCUUCAUUACACACAAUUACCUGUUACACCAAUCACUUAGCUACUGUUUGAAGUGAGAGUCCCAGGGAUUCCCAAUUAACAAACUUCAAAGCCCAUGCUGGGUUAAUGUAGAGCAAAUGAAAUCAGUCAUUAAUUGCUAAAACAGCAGGACAACAUGGGAACUAGAGUAGGGAAGGGGGACCUUGGUGUUAUACCCUAUAGUAAGGCCAGAGAGAUGGACAACAAGGAGUUAUGGAGUGUUGCAGAGAAACUUCACCAACAGAUCCUCAGCCACGAUAGAGCCGUCCAGCAGAUGUACCUACUAGAUUCCAAGCUUCAGGCCCUGGAACAUCGCCUCUCCCUCCUGAGCGGCUCCGUGCGCCCACAGCUAAAGCAGCACUGGCACGUUCGCACCGGUAUGGUGGAGUGGAUCCGAGACAUGUACGACGAGUACCGCCUCAGGAAGUGGUCAGACAUCCAGAUCCUCAUCAACUUCAUCUUCCAGACAUACAACUCUGAGGACGUGAUGACGAUCUUAAUCCUGGCUGACGUGACAUCGCAGAGCAUCGGGAUCUUCAUGGAGAACGAAGAGGGGGACGUCAGUGUGGACACCUCCGACGGGGACGCCAGUCUUAUGGGAGAGGACGUGGUGCUGGACGACAGGUCUGAGGGGGGUCAGGAUCUUCACAUCAACGAGACAGAGGAAGACAUGCAGGUUAACUCGUAGCCUCCACAUACCUGUGAUAUCCCACUAAAGAUGUGUUAGCCCUGUGAUAAUCUCUGAUAACUGUGAUGUGAUACCAAAUUCUCAUGGGAAAAACAGUAUUUAGACCGAAGUGCCAACUUCAAAUGUGCCAACAUAUCAAAGAUGUAUGCCUCAGAAUAGCACUUUGUUCAAUCAACCCCUUAGCAAGAUUUUUAUGAACUUGUUAAUAUAUACUAGUAUAUUCAUGCUCAGAAUGUCAAAUUCACAGUUUCUCUUCAAUCUCACUUCAUAUUUAAAUUUCAUUGAGGUUUCUCUUUGUUUAUAUGUUUAAGU